AUGUCGGCCACCGCGCUCUUCCUGCCCGCAAACCCAAACUCCACGCCUAGUCCCGCUAGCACUCUCCGGCAACCUGCGCCGGCUUCCACCUCCGGAAAGCUCCACUUCCCGCUCCGCCUCCCCCGCCAUGCCCGCUCUAGGACCUAUCGCCCCGCCGCGUUCGGGAGGGGAUCGCCUGUGGCCGGGCGUAAAGAGAAGGACCACUACGCCACGCUGAACAUCCGCCGCGACGCCACGCUCCAGGAGAUCAAGGCUGCCUACCGGAUUCUCGCCCGCAAGUACCAUCCUGAUAUGAAUAAGAGUCCUGAAGCAGAAGAGAAGUUCAAGGAGAUCAGUGCUGCAUAUGAGCAAAAUACAACUAACUUCAGGACAACUUGGCUGCCUGAAAUUUCAAUUGAUAUUGACCGCAGGUUCUAUCUGAUCAAGAUAAAAGAUCUUUAUAUGACCGCUUUGGAGAAGAGGGGCUCAGUGGUGAUUACAGAGAUGAUAUUGGCACACAUAGGGAUUGAUCCAUAUGAACUCUUCAAUGCAUUCUUUGGUGGUUCUGACAAGCUUUUUGGGGAUAGUAUGGGCUCUGGAGGAUUUCAUUGUAGUGCAGAAGCAAAGGGCAAUAGGGCACUUAAUAUCAGCUAUAAUCUGCUCCUUUCUUUUGAAGAAUCCAUCCUCGGAGUCAAACGUGAAAUCAAUAUUUUUCGUCAUGAAACUUGUGGCACCUGCCAUGGAACUGGAGCUAAAUGUAGCAAUGACAUUACAGAAUGCACCCGAUGCAGAGGUCAAGGCAGGUUGAUGAAAACUCAAAGGACACCUUUUGGUACAGUUUCUCAGAUAUCUUCAUGCUUAAAUUGUGAAGGCAGCGGGAAGGUAAUUACUGAACAUUGCGCAGAAUGUUACGGUUCGGGCAGAGUCCCAGUUGAACGCAUUAUCAAAGUAGAUAUACCUGGAGGUAUUGAUGAUGGCUCCACCAUUCGAAUUAGUGGUGGAGGUAAUUCUGAUAAGCAAAGGGGUGCAAGUGGUGACCUGUAUAUAUUUGUUCGCAUUAAUGAAAAACAAGGCAUCCACAGAGAUGGUCUCAAUUUAUACUCAGAGGUUUCAGUUGAUUAUACUGAUGCGAUUUUAGGAACCACAGUGAAGGUUGAAACAAUAGAAGGACUCAAGGAUCUCCACAUUCCUCCUGGCACUCAGCCUGGAGAGAACUUAAAAUUUUGUCAACUGGGAGUUCCAGACAUUAAGAAGCCUAAUGUCAGAGGAGAUCACUACUUCAUGAUAAAGGUGAAGAUCCCGAAGAGUAUCAGUGGCCAGGAACGUUUGCUGGUUGAAGAGCUUGCCACACUAAAGAAAGCUCAGAAUAUCUCAGUUCCCGAAAUUACAAAAAUAGAAAAUUUUCGGGAGAGAAACCAUCAUCCAUCUGCAAAGAGAAGAUCGUUCUGGGGAUCUGUCUGGAAUUUGUUCAGGGAUGAUAAAGGUGAUCAGAGAUUUGCUUCAAUCAGUGUGCAACCUAUUAUCCCAGGAUGGAAUUCUGGCCGAGGAACUGAUACUGCUGUCCCCUUGCUGUUAAAAGGAUUCCUCAUGACCGCAGCAUUCUUAUUUGUAAUCAGCAGAACCAGUAAACUCAGGUACAUUCGGAAGCGUGUUGACCGUCCAACUCAAGCCAAAAUACCUGCAGAGCCAGAGUGA